AUUGAGAUUGAGGCCAGUAGUCGUGAUUAGUAAAAUAGUAAUAUAAUAUUGUACUCCUGUUUCAUGAAUCAUAGUUACACAACACUUUAAAACGAGUCUCCAUUUAAAUUUAUUUCAGAUAAUGGCAAAAAUGUUGGAACAUUUCAAAGGCUGUAUGGUAGGGGGACUGAUAGGUGAUUGUCUUGGAGCCAAGUUCGAGUGCCAGUAUGAGAACCUAGUCCCGGUUGAGAAAGUUGAUAAUUUUCUCAAAGAAAUUCAAGACCCGACCUUUUCACAGGUUCAGAAAUUUACUGACGAUACCGCUAUGGCGAGACAAAUUGCUCGUUCAUUUAUCGAGAAGAAAUCCUUUAACUACCAGGAUCUAGCUCGACGGUUUUCCUCUGAAUACUGCCGAGAGCCGUGGCGAGGAUACGGGCAGGCGGUUGGUGAGGUGUUUAAAGCACUAGAACUAGAUUCAACCGAUCCUUUUAAACCUGGAGCACAACAGUUCAAUGGUUCAGGCUCCUAUGGGAAUGGUGCUGGUAUGAGAGCCCAUCCUGCAGCUCUAGCUCUUCAUGGUCAAGACACAAAGAAAAUAAUAGACACAGCUGUCAAUAUUGGAAGGAUUACUCACGCGCACGUUCUUGGUGUUGGAGGGGGUGUACUGCAGACCUUAGCGGUCACUCAGGCACUGAAAGGAGGAACCCCUGAAGAUAUUCUGUCAGGAGUCCGGGUAGGUAUGCAGGAGUUUGAGAAGGAGUGGGAGAAUACAGAGUACUCCUUGAAGCUGGAUCUUGUUCAGGAGUACAUGGAUCAACCAGACUCUGAACUGCCCGAGAUUUGUUUUGAACUCGGGAAUGAUGUUUCAGCGAUAGAUUCGGUCCCCACAGCUUUUUUCUGCUUUCUCAGGGGAUGCAAGAGAUUUCAAGGAAAAGAUCAAUUCGAGCAAACUAUAAGACUUGCGAUUCAUUUGGGUGGAGACACGGAUACUAUCGCUAGUAUGGCGGGGGCUAUCACAGGGGCAUAUCUAGGAGUUCAGAGUAUACCGCUGUACAUGAAAAAACACUGUGAGGGUCUAGAAGAUGCAGAAAAACAAGCUGAGGACAUUUUCGGCGUAGUUUCUUCAAACCUUGAAACUCUCAGCAGUUCAUCAAACGGAGACCUCCCAAAACUAUCGAGUGCAUCUCAGGAGAAGUUACAGCGACUGGAGGAAACAGAACCUUCGAAUAAACGACAAAAAGUCUAAUGAAUAUUUGAUGUAUGAAUUUGAAACUGUUGGGCAACAUGCCCCUUGAACAAAGUACCUGCUUAAUUAUUUUUCUAAAAGUCUAAUAUAACUUAACUUAAUAUUUCAUUAUUUUUCAGA